AUGGAUUCGAGUGAGAGUCGAUUCGACCUGCGCACUCAAAGUGGUCUGAGCGCACUCGAAUCCAAACCGUCGACAGCGGACGCGUCCAUCAGCCGCACUGCCAAAGGGCACAACCUGGCCGCUCUCGAGGCAGCUGCUGCCGACCUGGAACUCGCGAUCGACUUGGAUGAGCAGUGGCUAUCCGUGCGGCGAUCAUGGGAAACUGCAGAACCGGACUACAUCCGUUACCCGCCGUCACAGUCUCAGUUUUUGGCCAAGCGCACGGUACCGCUUCCAGCAGCGCUCCUGGCGCAGUACCAAUACCUGGAGAGCAAGUCGUUUAUGGGCCUCUUGCCCCAGAUAGGAAGAGCGUGGAUCUCCAUUGAUCAUCGUUUGUUCUUGUGGGACUAUGUCGAAGGCAGCGACUUUGCCGUGUACGAGGAACUGGACCAAGUUAUUAGCUGCGUCGCGCUAGCAACACCGCGACCCGGUGUGUUUAUUGACGAAAUCGAGUACCUUUUGGUGAUAGCAACGGCACUGCAGGUCGUUUUGUUGGGUAUUGUGCGCUCGCCAAACAGUCGAGCGCGCUCCAGAGGCUCCCGGGGAUCGGACUCGGUGACGCUGGUCCCGACGGGCCUGUCGGUGCCCACCGAUGGGGUCGUUAUGCUGAAGAUCGAGGUCAGUCACCACACUGGGCGCAUAUUUAUGGCCGGACGCGAUGGAAGUCUUCACGAGCUCGUCUACGAGCCACAGUCCUGGUUCGGAAACGUACCCAAAGCACGGCGAGUGAAUCGCUCCCGAGGAUUUGCUGGUGCUGCCGCUGCCGCGCUCGUACCAGCUUUCCUGCGCCGCCUAUUCCAUGCAGAUGACCCGCUCAUUGACCUGGUGGUAGAUGAUUCUCGGGGGCUUCUGUAUACGCUGUCGCAGCGCGGAAUAGUCAGUGCGUACCGGCUGGAGCGCACUUGUUCCGAGUGCGACACGGAAUUGGUAUCCAGCAAGCGCUCCUGGUUUGAUGCGGGAGUAUUACGGCUGCUUGGCUCGCUCGACGCGGCAAGUGAACUUCAGAGACGAAUGGUAAGCACACAAGCGCGAGCACUGAGCCUGCACGCCGUUCCUCUUCGAUACUCACGUCGCGUUCAUCUGCUCGUCGUUUCCACUGCGGGAGAGCGGCUGCUUUGCACGACUGCCGGUGAGGCAUCGGUCCGCAGGCCUUCUACUCGCUGGACGAAUGAUACGAAGGCCGCUGGAGCGAGCGCGCCGUCCCUGCUAGGUCGAGUCGGGGGCGAGCAUCCUGCGUGCUUGCGCGUUAUUGGCUACAGGAGUCCAAUCGUAUCAAACCUAAGCGCCUCGAUAUACCUGGCGUUCUGGUGCAAGGGGCAGUUCCUGGCUGCUGACGAUCAGGACCAGCUGCUAGCGGUUGGCGCCGAGCCGCCACCUCUGGAGUUCCUUCCUCGUCAGGAUCCCGAGAGCAGUCUUUUCAUGAGUCGCACGGCAACAGCUCCAUCCGCAGAGCGUAGGAGUUUUGGGAUAGCUUCCGCUGCCGCCGUUUCCCAAAGUCGCAUCUUUGAGAGCGUCAGCGGUCUGCAGAUAAGCGGCAAAGCGUACGCGUUGGCUGAAGCGCCCCUCUUUGGGGAUCUAGGCGUAUCGGCUGGUGGACACCUGGAUGAGCGCGAACCUGCGGGUCUGCUGACCCGUGAGGAUGUUUCCCGUGGUUGGCUCUGUUUGACGCAAGCCUCACUGGUCCUGCUGUGUCCAGUACGACCCUUAGAUACGCUACGUACGCUGCUGGGGGCGAGUCCACAAGAUGCGGAGGUUUUGGAUUUUUUCCGACGCUACGGUGCAGCACAAGCCUGUUCCUGGUGCCUGGAGCUGGCGCUGCAGGCAGAGCAACGCCCCAGCGGCGCCAUCGGUCUCGUCGACAAAGCGUUUCGAGCAUGCCUCGCAUUCGGAGGCGAACCGCAGCUGCUCGCUAGCACCGCAGCGCUUCCGGCAGACAGCGCACUGAGUCAGGUCGAGGAAGCGCGACAGCGCGAUGCUCCGGCAGCAGGUGCUGUGAACACCACGAUGCGAGCGGACAGGUCGAUGUCGUCGUGGCAGACAACUGCCGACGGUUUCUCCGUGGGCUCCGUGAGUCUGCCGGAGGCACCUCUGCGGUACUCGGGACGUCACGAUGGAGUGGUGCUGCUGCUAGCGCGAAUCCUUCAGCCGGUUUGGUCGGAGCCCGUCACGACUGGUGAUAAGCUCGCGCGCUUGCGCUUCUCGUUCGUGGUACUCUUGUCGACGCAUGCUGAGCUUCGCGCCUUCGAGCGCGUCUUGUACCGCCUAUUUGGAGCCGAGCUCGAACAAGCGGCACGCCGGGAGCGUCCCUCGUACGGUGACACUCAAGAACGGAUCGGUGACACUUCGACAACAAGAACAACAACGAGGAUAUCGCUUGCACCGGGCAUGCUACCGCCAACAACUGGGGCACGGUCAACAGCGCCCGACACCCUUGGCAGCGCCUGGAGCGCCAGCGCCUGGCACCCGGACCUGAUCGCUGGCAAAGCCACUCUGAGGCAUUCGAACAGCGCACUCCAUCAAGCUCGGCGUCUUGAAUUGGAAUCUAUUGCCUCCUUGCUUGGAUUGGCGGAGAGGAGUGCACAGGCUUUGGAACUUGUGCGGACUCUAGCGGAGAGCACCCAUCUGCCUCGCCUGGUGGCGUCUCUGGAGCCCACUGAUCAGGCCCGCCUUCGCCAAUUGCGUUUCGAAGACUUGGUAACCCGCCCUGCGGAAGCCGAGCUCAUGACGAGCAUCAUCUUCAAGGUGUUGGAGUCGUACGCCCCAGAAGACAGUGACUCGAUGGAAUCCCUUCUGGAAACGCUCACUGCGCGAUGUCCAGUAUUCUUCGGCGAGACGCAGGUAGCUGUGUAUCGGGCACUGCGACACCUGCGGAAGCGCGAAAUCGAGCAGACCAUGCAGUGGCUGCGUCCGGUGGCUGCGCACCUGACCCUGAGUCCUCCACUGGUAACCGAGUUCAAGGCAGCUGGCGCUUUCGCAGAGCUGGUGGCGCUAGCUCGACUCGCGGGCGAUCAGCAGCUCGUACUUCAGACGCUGGAAGCGGCCAUGAACCUAUCGAGCACGGAAUCAUCAUCACUGGGGACUGGUGCGGACCGGGAAACGCUUCAGCGGCGUUGUCUAGUGGAAGCGCUCGCCACAGACGAGACCACUCAACUGGAUCAAUUGUUUCGUUUUCUGUUACGAAUGGGACCUGCAGGGUCAGCGCUCUUGCUGCAACUGCCGCAGCUCGCAAAGCAGCCGGACAUCAACUUCGGCAACAUGUCAGAGGAAAGCUUCCGCAAAAAUGCGCAGCUCACCAAGGCACUCCAACGGCUUGAAUGGUUCCUGCUCCACGAAGAUAUCGAUUUAGCGUGGAAGCUCUAUGCGCAGCAAGAGCGCUUUGUCGAAGCGGCGAUGAUUCUUGCGGAUCUUGCUGGUGUGCCGACUGCUCCCAACAGGCAUCCAGGGACAUCAGAGGUAGCGACCGAGGACCUGACGCCACUGGUUCAGCAGCCGCGACGACGACGAGCGACCUUGCGAAACGGGGACGUGCUAUCGCCGCGGAGGACGCGCUUGUUACCCAUUCAUGAAAGGAUAGCGCUACUCAUCCGUGCGCUGCACUUUGCACGCGCUGGAGCGAGUCUCGGCGACGGAAGAGCGCUCGCCCUUGUUCCCGAGCUCCAGGACGCUUUGGAGGUGGCCCAUAUCCAACAACGAGCGCUUGAUGAAGUGCGUCGCGUCGUCUUAUCAGGACCCGAGCGUUCCGAACUGGAGCAGCGCCUAGAGGGCAUCAGCGGCGGGGCUGACCAGGCAGCAGCCGGCCUGCUGGACCCCAACACCCUCUACGUCGAGAUUGCGCGUCCGUAUGCACUCUGGGAAACAGAGUUGGAUAUUCUGCGUUGGGCUGGACACCAGGAUCCGGAGCUCUCUCGACGUCUCUGGAAUAAUAUCAUAGCAAGGGAGCUGGCGCUAUCCGCAGGCGUCGUUCGGCAACGCGCAACUAAGGCCACCCAAAGCACGCUCGAUACGUCGCUACAAGCGGAAAGCCUGCGGCCGACCCCAGAGACGCUCCAGCAGCGCUUCACUGCCCUGGCAAAAGUAUUCUAUCCAUCGCCGAUAGCGUUCCCGUUGGAGUGGUUGGUUGCUUCGCUGGAAAUGCUUGCGUUCUCUCAAGCUGAACUCGCGCGUGCGCCGGAAACCGUGAACCCGACUUGCACAACAGAUCAUGACGAUGACGAUGACGAUAAUGAUGAUGAUGAUGAUGAUGAAAUUGUGACUGCUUGGUCCCUGGAGGCGUUCUCGUUGAACUGGUUACAACCAACUCUAGUCGAGGUGAUCGGAGUUCCGCGCACGGACCUCGUGCAUAUCUACCGAGAGAUGCUCCAGGAUCCGGAAGCGUUCUAUGAACACCAUGGCCCUUUGCCAGUGGUGGUCACACACGCGCUCCCUCCGGGCCUGGGGCCGUGGUGGCUCAGCCUCGCUGCGCAACACUGGUGGGCACGCUCGCUUCUGGGCAUGGUGCAGCGCUGGAUGGCGCUCGCGGAUACCACCCUCGAUCACAGUCUACAACUGGAUGCGUCUGUGACGGGCUAUGCAACGCUUGCACGUGCCUCUACCGAUUGGCAAGCACUGGUGGCGCUUACCCCGGCACUCGUGGCAACGCUGCGUGUCCUUCGGAGUCGCUUCACAAGUCGGCAGUCGUUGACGGCUACGGCCAGCAAAGCGGAACGAGCACGUCCUAUGCUGCAGCUGUGUUCUGAGCUCGAGUCUGUCGAAAGGGAACUGGAACGGCUUUCCCGUGCCGGAGCGAAACAGCAACAACGGUAUCUUUACUAA